ACCAUUUUCCAGCGAAAAAGAAGCAAAUGACAGAUGGCGGUGCCGUUUUCUUCAAACAUUCAACCCAACCCAACCUUAGAUUCUUUUCUUUUCUAACCGCUUUCAAUUUCUAUAUUAUUUAAUAAAUUUCAUUUUUUAUUUCUAUAUACUUUUUCCAUAAUUACUAUACUACAUACCAAAUAAAUUCGUCCACAAAUUUAACCAUAUACACAGUUCACCCACUUGAGAAUCUCGUCAUUAUCAUCAUCAUCAUCAUUUUUCUCAUCAAAAUUCAUAUGCCCCAAAAGGUUUAAAGUUUAGAAAAUAAGAAAAAGAAUAAAACUUUACAUUCAAUUUGAUCUGCUCCUUCUUUUUCUUCUUCCAUGACCAUUAAUUAAAUCAAAUGCUGCAGCUCUUUAGAACAUAUCAGUGCUUCUACGCUUUCUUUCUCCUCAUCUCUGUAGUUGUGUCUGUGUUCACUGGGUAGUUCAUGAUAUGCUGCUCUGACUUUGAUUGCUACUAUAACAUCACUAACAUGACAGCAUUUUUAACUUGGAACUGAGGCCAGUUUAGUUUAAGAUUAUUAUAUAGAAAAGGAUGGCAUUGACUGCAGCCGAGCUAGUCCACGCUGCAACAAGCGACAAGCUGACUGAAACUGAUUGGACAAAAAAUAUUGAAAUAUGCGAAUUAGUUGCUCAGGAUCCAAGGCAUGCUAGAGAUGUUGUCAAAUCUAUCAAAAAGCGUUUGGGUAGCAAACACCACAAUACUCAACUUUUUGCUGUCAUGCUGCUGGAGAUGUUGAUGAACAAUGUUGGAGAGCAUAUCCAUGAGCAGGUUAUUGAUACCGGAAUACUCCCUAUUCUUGUGAAAAUUGUGAAGAAAAAGUCAGAUUUUCCUGUGAGGGAGCGGAUAUUUCUCCUACUCGAUGCUACACAGACAUCCCUUGGUGGUGCUUCCGGAAAGUUUCCGCAGUAUUACAAUGCAUAUUAUGAGUUGGUGAGUGCCGGAGUACAAUUUCCUCAAAGGGCUGAAGUGGUCCAAUCAAAUCAUGCUAAUUCACAACCGAAUGGGACUAAUAAUGUACCGAACAGGGAGCAGGCCCCAACUAGACCUGAAAGUGUUCCUCCGAAGGAUGCUGAGACUGUCCCUGAAUCUAGCAUCAUUCAAAAGGCAAGUAAUGCAUUACAAGUUCUAAAAGAAGUCCUUGAUGCAGUUGAUGCUCAAAACCCUCAGGCAGCAAGGGAUGAAUUCACUCUUGACCUUGUCGAACAAUGUUCGUUUCAGAAGCAAAGGGUAAUGCAUCUUGUCAUGGCUUCUCGAGACGAGAGGAUAGUUUCUCGGGCGAUCGAAUUGAAUGAGCAGCUUCAUAAAGUUCUAGCAAGACAUGAUGACCUCCUAGCUGGCAGAGUUACAACAACUGCUCCUCCUCGAUUUGAUCAUGAAGACGAAGAAGCGGAGGAGGAAGAGGAGCCCGAACAGUUAGUCCGAAGAUUACGCAAAGGAAAGGCUUGCGCGAGGCCUGAAGACGAAAAACAAAAAACCGAGAUCCCAAGCUUGGGUUUGCUUGGGGAGAGACUCCACCGUCCGCUAAUACGGCCACUCUCUUUGGAGCCAUCUCGGGAGGCUAAUACCCGUUCGCCACCUGCUUCAAUGCUGCCGCCUCCACGUGCAAAACCAAAUGGGGAGGUUCCUCAUGUGACAAUUCCGCCACCGCCGGCAAAGCACAUUGAGAGGGAAAGAUUCUUUCAGGAAAAUAAGGAUGGUUCUAAUUUGUCUGGCCACAUGAGAGGCCUCUCUUUACACAGUAGAAAUGGUAGCAGCUCUCUCAGUGGAAGCUAUGAUCUUAGUGAUUAACCUCUUAAAAUAAAAAUGAAAAAUAAAAAAAUAAGUAAGAAAAGAAAAGAGAGAGAGAGAGAGAGAGAGAGAGAGAGAGAGAGGA